AUGGAAAACAUUUGGAUUGCUUGGAUGACCGUCUUGAUAUUUCUAAGUCAAAGACACGCCAAGGCAGGACCUGUCGGAUCCUGCGGACUCAACCCCCAAUUGUUCCUCUCUGACAGUAAAGAUCGCUGCAAAUACUAUUGGUGUGCAGGGGGUGCUAUUGCAGGACCAUUCAACUGCGCUCCUGGAACGGGUGUUCCCUAUGGACAUACAUCCAAAGCCAACCCAUGUACUAUUCCAGUUGAUAGAUGCAAGAGCAACAAUUAUAAUAGCGGAGGGUCAGUUUAUAAGAGCCCUAGUGUAUCCAUAACAUGGGAUGCUGGACACAACCCUAACCAUCACUACAAUCGACAAAAUUCAAAGGUCAACUCUCAUGUAAAGCAUCACUACAAUCCACACAAUACGAAGAUCAAAUCUCAUGGUGUAAACAACAUGCCCAAUCCUCAUGGUGUAAAUAACAUGCCCGCGGUUACAUACUUCAAAAACGACGGAGCUAAAUUUUAUGAAUUCCUACAGUCAAAUAAAGGACACUACCCACUGGUGCUGAAUCAGUUAUUCUAUAAAGGUCCUCCUCAGUCCAAUUUUGGCCAUAAGCAGACACAUACUCAAGUUAAACCCAAACCUGUCAAAUAUCACAACAGGCUAGCUCCAUCCCCGUUCAAACACCCGAUAUCGCCAAACCGACAAAACACCAAACCUAAUAACUUCUUACCCAAGGCAUAUUCUCAGGUCCAGACAAGUGUUAAUAUUCAGAAGCCAAAGGCACCUGAUAUAGGAACAAUCAUUGGCAUUUACAAGGCUGGAAACGAUCUGUUUGUCAAGUCGAAAGGAAGGAACAAAGUGAAACGUAAAGUUAAUGAUAUUGAUGAGAAAGAUGACAAAGAUGACAAAUCCCUGCAAAUAAAAGCUACUGUCGAUAAUGUAACGAACGAGGUUAAUAAAAAGAAAGAUGAUACAAAAGAAAAACCAUUGAACGACCAGCCAGAUCAGACACUGAGCGAUGGAUACCACACUAAAACUAACCUUGAUAUCAUCAAUCCUGGCUUUAAUUCCUACAAACACGACGCACAUGCUGCUCACCACGGUCCCAUUAACAUAGGUCAGCCCCCACCUGGUAACGUUUGGGCUGGGAGAGUCGAUUUGGUAAACACGGGCCAAUUUGCCUUGUUGACUACACCAGAUCCGAGCAAACUUGCAAAGGUUGUCCUAGUAGAUGCCAAACAGGAUCCAUAUGGUUUGAAAGGUCCUACUAAGUAUGAUUUUAGCUACGUAAAGACCAAGACCAAGGAGAAAAAGCACGGAUAUGACGAAGAUUCGUAUGAGCAUGAACAUGAAUACAAACCAAAGAGGAAGAAGAAAAAGAAGCACAGUUACCAUGACGAUCAUGACGAUUACGAUGAUCACCAUAAAUAUAAGCCUAGUUACAAAAAGCAGAAGGUAUGCCUCCCAGGGUCGAACAUAUUCCUAGCGGACGUCGAUGACAGUUGUAUAUACUAUAGGUGUAUAGAUGGCGUGAUGACUGGCCCUACCUGGUGUAAAGCUGGGACAGGAGUUCCACCCAACUUCAGAGAUAACAGAAACCCAUGCUCUGUGAAGUCACAAGAAUGUUCCAAGACAAUAACACGCCCUGGAUAUGUGGGGAAGAACAACAGAGAAACACAUCAUGUCCCAGCAUCGUAUUACGACUGGACACACACUAAAUAUUCAAUGGCGAUAGAAACGUCUAUGCCGACGGGUGUCGAAUACGGCUACCACCCUCAGUAUAGUAGUUUCAGAACAACAGAUGCAAAGUCUAAGAAGCAACGAUUUUCUCAAAACAGGGUAUCACAAAAAAACAAGCCUAACGACAGCGAAACAGUUGCUUCAAAAGAUGGGCAUAGCAUGCUAAAAGAUGAAAACCGGACAAGGUUUAAGAAGCGCCAAAAUGAAUCACAAGUCUCUUCAAAGAAACAAAUCUCCAAAGGAAAACGAGCAAAGAAAGUGUUAUCAAACAGAAAAUACAACAGAGAUGGGACUAAAAAGGAAGAUGUAAGAGUCAUCAACAUCGCAAAAGUCAUGAAACGAUUAGCGAAAGCUUUAAAAUAUAGGCUAUCGAACAAGAGUUAUAAAAAAUAUGUAAAAUAUCAAAAUUUUGCAACAAGAAAUUCAACCAGACACAGAAGAAGAAAGCAAAAGCCAACUAAAGAUACUUUAGGGGAAAACGGAAACCAAGCUACGGCUAUAAAUAAAAAAGAUAGAAUUAAACAGAAGACAGAGACCCAGGAAUAUACCCAAAUAAAAUCGACAAAUGGUAACCAUAAGGACCUUAUUUCCACAUCAAAAAAGCAAAACGAUAUCUCCUCUCAAAAUUCUAAUUCUUCAAAGGACAAGCACCAGAUAAACCAGAACCAGAAGGACCAGAAAGGAGAAAAACAAAAGGGAUCCCCAAAAUUUGAUAUGAAACAUUUUGUAAUGCGAAGAUUAGAGAAACUUAUUCCAGGUGUUAAAAUAAACGAGGAAAGCAAAAUAGCUGAAAAACCUGGUCCAAGAAGUAACGUGAAGUUAAAUGAUGGAUACGGUGACAAAGUUGAAUACUCCUUGCAGAAAAAACACAGCGGAUAUGACGUAGAGUAUGAAGUGAAGGAUCGGAGCAACAAUUAUAAGAGCAAUCCAUUGGUCCAAGCUCUACAUGGCCAUGAUACAGGGGGCGUUGUUGCAGGAGGACAUGCUGGUCACCAAGUGUACGGGGGUCAAGUUAAUCGCGUCCAGUUAGGCCAAUUUGCGUUGCUCACCACUCCAGAUCCGAGAAAGCUUGCAAAAGUUGUAUAUGUCGAUUCCCCCGAAGGCAAACAAGGAGAUUAUGAUUUUACGUUUGUGAAGAAAAUUACUAAGAAAAAGGGUUAUCACGAUGACCAUAGCGAUGAAGGAUACGAUGAUCACGAUGAUCAUCACGAUCAUGGUUAUAAAAAGAAAAGAUCUUAUCAUAAACAUGAUCACGGCUAUAAGCAUGAAAAGAAGGAGAAAGAGGUACAUCAUGUCAAGUAUAUCCCAAAGAUUGUGAAGAUUCUGCUUCCAACGACGACCACACCACCAGCAGAAGGAUUAGAGGCAGCAGGAUUGGAUCAACUCUUCCCACUUGUAAAUAGCGGCUUUCACAUCAACGGUGGCAUUGAGUUGUGUAGGGGCUGCAACAUAACUUCCUGUCACCAGCAUUGCAGGAACACGCCAAGCUGCAUGUCAGUUGAUUGGAACUACAUGGAGAAAGCCUGUUUUGCACAUACACAUGACACCGUGUGCAAUACUAUGACUGCCAAAGAUUCAGUGACAAACUAUAAAAGAGUUGUAUGCGUUGCGCCCGCUAACCCAACACCUGUUGCGCCUCGAGUACCACCACCGCCCAAUGUUGUUCAGCAGCAGACAUUCCAGCAACAACCACAACUAAUGCAGCAACCACAAAUGAUGCAGCAACCACAAAUGAUGCAGCAACCACAAAUGAUGCAGCAACCGCAGAUGGUGCAACAGCAGUCACAGAUGGUGCAGAGGACGCAACAAGUCCUACAGCCAAUGCAGCCCUCGCAAAUGAAACCAUUGAUGCCUGUGGGCUAUAGAGCACCCACGGCUGGAUUCACAGCAGGUCGUCAGAGUGGGCCUAGUAUACUACCUCCUGGUUGGUCGGCCUACCCAGGCUGUAAAGUCAGCGGUGGCAAGUUCAUUACAGAUGGUCUGAAAGGUGAUAUGUGUUUUGACCUCUGUAAGCGCUUGCCUAGUUGUCUGGCAGUUGACUUUAACAGUGAUGAUGGCAGUUGCUGGGUACACGACUCCAAAACCUCCUGCAAUGAUAAAGAAGGUGCAGUUAAAGUGUACCAUGCAAAGAAAGUGAUCUGUCCUGCACCAUACCCACGGCCGAUAGCAAUAGCCCCAAGGGAAACCUACAAUCCAUGACCACAUGGCCCUGUUAGACACACUAAUAACACUCAUAAUUUAUUAUCUGACUACCACUAAUACUUUAUAAGUAAGAAAUACGGGUCUAGCUAGAUAUUCAUCCAUGGAGCCAUUCAUUUGAUAAAAUACCAAGUGAUAAUGUGUCAUUGUUCACACAAGUAAGCCUCGAUACCAAUUGCUUUUAUGUAUAAGAUCAUUUAAGAUCUGAUUGGCUUCAAGGAUUGAAAUUACAAUACUAGACAUAGAGCGAAUUUUGGAGUCAUAUCAAAACUGGAUAAAUCAAUCAAAUAUGAUGAAGCAGUUGAGAUUACAUCGACAAGCUUUUCCACGAUAUAAGAAAUAAAUCCGCAAAUAUGCUGAUCAGCUUAUUCAUAUUUGAACUUUUGGGUGUACUUGUCAUUAUGUCAUGAUCAAACUAAUUAUUGUAAUAAUAAGUGUUUGUUAAGCAUAAUACGGAGUUUAAAGACAUACACCAGUGCUCUGAAGACGCAGGUUACAAUCGCUAAUUGAAUUAUUAUGUAAAUAUUAUCUAUAAUCUUAAUAGGUUUUCCCUUCUGUACAUUCUUGUAUAAAACAUCCCGU